UGCUAAACACACAUUGCUAGCACACACAUAUUCUCGUCACUUACAAACUCCACUAGGGCUUUCUGCGUUCUUGUCAAAUGGCUAAUCUCUCGUUGUUGCUGGCAGUUUUGGCUCUUUCACUUUCAGUUGCUUUAGCAGCUGAUAAUAGUGCUCUCCAAGAUUUCUGUGUGGCAGACCCAAAAGGGCAAGUGCUGGUGAACGGUUUCGCAUGCAAGGAUCCAAAACUUGUUGAAGCAAACGACUUCUUCUUCAGUGGUCUUCACAUAGCAGGCAACACCACAAACCCUAAUGGGUCAAAAGUGACACCAGCCUUCGCAACUCAGCUUCCAGGGUUGAACACUCUCGGCAUCUCCAUGGCUCGCAUUGACUAUGUUCCAUGGGGCAUUAACCCUCCUCACACGCACCCUCGCGCCACCGAGGUUUUAACCGUUCUGGAUGGUACCUUAGAAGUUGGAUUCGUCACUUCCAACCCCGAAAACCGCCACUUCAGGAAGGUCUUACAGAAGGGUGAUGUGUUUGUGUUCCCCACAGGACUUGUGCAUUACCAGAGAAAUGUUGGGUAUGACAAUGCUGUGGCCAUUGCAGCUCUUAGCAGCCAGAAUCCAGGACUCAUCACCGUUGCUAAUGCGGUGUUCGGGGCUACGCCGGAUAUAGAUGGAGACGUUCUUGUUAAGGCUUUCCAUUUGGACAAGGCUAUCGUCAGUUAUCUACAGUCAAAGUUCUAGACAAGAACAUGGGAGAGAGAUUUAGAAUUUGAUUAAUUUAUUGCUUACUAUGUGCUGUGUAGUUUUUAUGCAUUUUCUCCGUUUGUAUGCUUUAUUUUUUGUUGGCCUUUUUGUGUUAAGAUCUAUCACUUGAUUAAUUUAUAGAAUUUGGUGU